UUUUUUUGUGGGAUAGACAACAUUCACGAGCUCUUUCACAUUAAUGCCCUUUAUCUUUGGUUUCCACGGCUUACAUUUUCAAGGUUUUCUAAUGGCACCCACGCGGGACCAACCCACAGCUUGAGGGCUCCUCUGCUGCCAGCUCAGGAGAGGCUAUGGCAGCCCAGUCCGCUGGCUUGCUGGCCCUGCCUGCCCUCAACACCCACAUCUGCUGGAGACACAAAUAAGAUUGAAAAAAGAUGCUCCACUGCACAAAAGUGUGAAACGCUGUGUUCAAGAUGGUGCCUUAUAACUUCACAUAAACUGUAUUCGUCUGUGUAUGAUCCGAAUGAAAAGACUUUUGAAAAACUCCUUAUUGCCAACAGAGGAGAGAUUGCAUGCCGAGUCAUCAAAACGUGUAAGAAGAUGGGGAUUAAAACUGUUGCCAUACACAGUGAUGUGGAUGCCAACGCUGUUCAUGUGAAAAUGGCGGAUGAAUCUGUCUGUGUUGGCCCAGCUCCCACCAGCAAAAGCUACCUCAACAUGGAUGCCAUCAUGGAAGUCAUUAGGAAAACCAGGGCCCAAGCUGUACACCCAGGAUAUGGAUUUCUUUCAGAAAAUAAGGAAUUUGCUAGACGUUUGACGUCCAGGGCAGCUGUUUUGGUAGGGGAUGGGAGUGCUGAGUCAGGUCUCUUCACCUAUUGA